UAAAUUCACCCCAACAAUCAACCCAUUAACAAACCUUCCAUUUACGAGACAUAAUUUCUGACUAAUUCAGUCCUUAACUUUCUUUCUCAAAAAUCUCUCUGCAACACACACCCUUUAUGCAAUAUUUUAAGAAAUCUCUGUUUUUUACCACUUCAGAGAGUGAGUAUGUGUGAUUGUGAACUGUCAAAAUAAUUUUCAAAGAGAAAAAAAACAGAAGUUUUCAGUUAUGGGUUACAGAAAUCUUGAAAACAGGUAAAACCCUUCAAAGACAAAAUCUCAUUAAAUUCUCCAAAAGCUCUUUCAUGUUUUUGUUUUUUUAUAUACAGAGUGGUGUCUGAAACAGAGGAUUAGGUGUUUCUGGAUACUAUAACAAAACCCCCCUCAUCUUUAAGAAAUGAUGCAAAGAUAAAGAGUUUUUUUUUUCUGUUGAAGAGAAGAAGAUGGGUAUGGUUGCCAUUGGUUUCUUGAGUUCCUGGAGUUCAAGUUUGUUUUUUAUACUGUUGUUUCAAGUAGUACUAUUGUUUUCUUCUUCUUCUUCCACUUCUUCUCAAGAAUUGAAUACAGAUGGGUUUUUCAUUUCAGAUUUCUUACAGAAGAUGGGGGGUUUAACACAAAUCUCAUCAUAUGAUUUUUCAUCUCCUGUUUGUUCAUGGGAAGGUGUUUCUUGCGAUGUUAAAAAUCAGAAUGUGAUUGGUUUUGUAGCUGCAAAUUUAGGUCUUUCUGGUUCGGUUCCUGAACUCACCAUUGGUAAACUUAGUAAGCUGGAGUCGUUGGAUCUGAGUAAUAACAAAAUUACGAGUCUUUCUUCUGAUUUUUGGAGUCUGGGCGGUCAUUUGAAGGCGCUGAAUCUAUCUCAUAAUCAUAUUUCUGGUUCUAUUCCAUCCAACAUUGGUAAUUUUGGGUCACUGCAAAGUCUUGAUCUUUCAUUCAAUAACUUCUCUGGUGAAAUCCCUGAAUCUAUUAGCUCAUUGUUGAAUUUACAAUUUCUUCGAAUGAAUCAGAAUGGGUUCUCUGGGGGACUCCCACAUGGGAUUCUAAAGUGUGAAAAUGUAGUCUCAAUUGAUAUUUCAGUGAAUGGGAUUAGUGGGUCUCUUCCAGAUGGUUUUGGAACUUCAUUUCUUAAACUUCAGAGGCUGGACCUUUCUGAGAAUGAGAUUCAUGGAAGGUCUUCAGAUUUCUCUGGUUUGAAAUCACUCACACAUCUUAAUAUCUCCGGGAACUUUUUUCAAGGUUCUGUAAUGGGUGUGUUUCAGGAUCCAUUACAAGUUACUGAUCUUAGCAGGAAUCAAUUUCGAGGUCACCUCUCUCAGGUACAUUUUGCUAAUUCAAGCUUCAAUUGGUCUAAUUUGGUUUUUCUUGAUGUUUCUGAAAACCAACUUAGUGGUGAAUUCUUUCAUGAUUUGAACAAUGAAGCUAAGAAUCUCAAACACCUUAAUCUGGGUUACAACAGAUUUAGUAAUCAAGAAUUCCCACUUAUUCAGAAACUCACUAGUCUUGAGUAUCUCAACUUGUCUAAAACUAGUCUUAGAGGAAAAAUUCCCAUUGAUAUCUCACAGUUGGUCAGCUUAAGAACUCUAGACCUUUCACAAAACCAUCUCCAAGGUUCAAUUCCCCGUUUAGGUAUCAAAACUCUUGACGUUCUAGAUGUUUCAUUUAACAAUCUUACCGGAGAAAUCCCCUCGUCUCUGCUAGCAGAACUACCUCAAAUGGAGAAAUUCAACUUUUCUUUCAAUAACUUAUCUUACUGCAAUUCGCAACUGCUGCAUACACGGAAAACUGCUUUUCAAGGAUUGCUGUACAGCUGCCCCAUUGCUGUGAAACCGGACAACAUUAGAAACAAAACCACUAAGCAUAGGGGAAUGAAGCUUACCCUAGCUGUAACUCUUGCAAUUGUUUGUUUUACUGUGGGAUUGAUAUGUCUGGUAAUUGGAUGUACAAGGAAAACUAGAAUGUGGGCAGUAAAACAAAUUUCGUACAAAGAAGAAGCUAGCAUUUCAGGACCAUUCUCAUUCCAGACUGAUUCUACAACCUGGGUUGCAGAUGUUAAACAAGCUACUGCAGUUCCUGUCGUAAUUUUCGAGAAACCUUUGUUGAACUUCACAUUUGUGGAUCUCUUAACUGCAACUUCACAUUUCGAUCGUGGAAUUCUUUUGGCUGAAGGAAGAUUUGGACCUGUAUAUCGAGGAUUCUUACCUGGAGGAAUUCAAGUAGCUGUAAAGGUUCUAGUCCUUGGGUCCACAAUGACUGACCAAGAAGCUGCAAGGGAGCUUGAAUCUCUAGGCCGGAUUAAGCACCCUAAUCUAGUCCCAUUAUCAGGGUACUGCUUAGCUGGGGACCAGAGAAUUGCUCUCUACGACUACAUGGAAAAUGGAAAUCUGCAAAAUUUACUACAUGAUCUUCCACUUGGAGUGCAAACAACAGAAGAUUGGAGUACUGAUACAUGGGAAGAAGAUAACAAUGCUGGAAUUCAAAGUAUCGGUAUUGAAGGGAUCCUAACGAGUUGGAGAUUCCGACACAAAAUUGCCCUUGGAACAGCACGAGCACUUUCAUUCCUUCACCAUGGUUGUUCUCCUCCAAUAAUUCACCGAGAUGUCAAGGCUAGUAGUGUGUACUUAGAUUCAGACUUGGAACCUAGAUUAUCUGAUUUUGGGCUAGCUAAGAUCUUUGGAAAUGCAGCGGAAGAGAACAUAUCUCGUGGAUCACCAGGUUACAUCCCUCCGGAGUUCUCGGAGUCAGAAAAUUCUGCGCCAACGCCUAAGUCUGAUGUUUAUGGGUUCGGGGUUGUUCUGUUGGAGUUGAUCACCGGUAAGAAACCUGCGGGAGAUGAUUAUGCCGAGCAGCCAAAUUUAGUGAGUUGGGUGAGAGGAUUAGUAAGGAAGAAUCAAGGACUAAGAGUUAUCGAUCCGAAGAUAAGAGAGACGGGACAAGAGAAACAAAUGGAGGAAGCGGUGAGAAUUGGUUAUCUAUGUACAGCUGAUCUUCCCACUAAGAGACCUAGUAUGCAACAAAUUGUAGGACUUUUAAAAGACAUUGAUCCCGUUGUUCAUCAAUGAGAAAAUGUCUUCAUUUUAUAUAUUGCUUGCUCAAGUUUUUUUUUUGAAGCAGGAAAGCUUUC